CGCAAAGAGUCAAAUGAUUGGUCAGUGUAGUAUGCGGUAGCGUGCAGUUUUGGACACAGACUCGGACAAAGUGAGGUCUAAGAAGUUCAUAAGGAGGUUUAGCUAAACAUUUCACUGAUUGCCUGCUGUGCAGUGAGCAUGCAGUGUGUGCUGGUGAGUGCAGCAGGAGCCCGGAUACAGCUCCCUGACGCACGUGCCCUGAUUUUGGGUCGAAGUCCUGAGUCCGGAGUGAAGGAUAAGAAAUGUUCAAGACACCAAGUCAAACUUGUAGCUGACUAUGCUAAUCAAGAGGUUCUUGUGACCCAGCUUGGUCCAAACCCAUCUUCAGUGGACGGGCAGGCUCUGGGUCGUGGCCAGUCUGGACACCUGAGUGUAAACAGCACACUGUACCUAGUAAACCAGAGUUACCCCUUCACUGUGCAGUUUUCUGACUCAGCUGACAAGAAGACGGGAAAAGGAACAGAUGAUAAGGAGAGAACAGAGAAAGCCUUGGAUAGUAAUGUUAUGAAUGUUCAGCAGAAGAGGAACAUCCAGGAUUUCUUUGUUUCUUCACCUAAGAAGUCAACAAAAAGAACGCUUGAUUCUGAAGAUGAUGCAUCUGAUGCUAAACGUGGACGCACAUCGGAGAAAUCCGGUGAGGAUGAAGAGAACCUGUUGGAGGAGAAACUCAGACAGCUGCAGCAGUUUGCACAAAGCACAAGCACACAACAGUCACCAUCACAGCCCUCUGGCACUGCGCCUUCUGCCUGCUUGAAGAGUCACUGGCAGCAGAUCGGCAAUCUCCUGCUCUACACUGCGGCAGGAGUUGCUGGAAGCUCCAAGAUAGCAGGGUUCGACAUUGAUGGCUGCAUUAUUACUACAAAGUCAGGGAAGGUCUUUCCCACCGGCCCGGAUGACUGGAAGAUCCUUUUCCCAGAGAUUAAACCCAAACUGAGCGCUCUGUUAAAGGAAGGGUUCAAGGUGGUGUUUUUUACCAAUCAAAUGGGAAUUGCUCGAGGAAAACUCAGACCAGAAGUGUUCAAGUCUAAAGUUGAGGAUAUUCUUGAGACACUGAAAUUACCUGUGCAGGUGUUUGUCGCAGCAGGUCCAGGAAUUUACAGAAAACCAGUCACAGGAAUGUGGGAGCACUUAUGUGAGAAGGCAAACAAUGGAAUAAUUGUGAAUAAAUCCCAGAGUGUUUAUGUUGGAGAUGCAGCAGGUCGUCCUGUAAAUUGGGCUCCAGGGAAGAAGAAGAAGGACUUCUCCUGUAGUGACCGGCUGUUUGCUCUGAACAUUGGUAUACAGUUUCACACUCCAGAGGAGUUCUUCCUUGGUUGGAAAGCUGCUCCCUAUGAUUUGCCAUCAUUUGAUCCGAGAGGUUUAGACCCAAAGGGACGUCUGUAUGACCCUCCUACUGCCUCGCUCACUUCUACCUGCCAGGAAAUCAUUGUUGCUGUUGGAUUCCCUGGUUCUGGCAAAUCCACUUUUUUUCAAACCCACAUCAUUCCUAAGGGAUACGUGUACAUAAACAGGGACACACUGGGGUCAUGGCAGCACUGUGUGUCAGCAUGUGAACGUGCACUGAAGGAAGGACACAGUGUGGCUGUGGACAACACUAAUCCUGACCUCGAGUCUCGAAAGCGGUAUUUGGAUGUCAGUAAGAGUGCUGGAGUUCCCUGCCGAUGCUUUAACUUCGCUGCCUCUCUGGAACAAGCCAAGCACAAUAACAGGUUUAGAGAGAUGGUUCCUUCAGCCACCAAGCACGCUCCUGUCAAUGACAUGGUCUUCCACAGCUACAAGAAGAAAUAUGUGGCUCCUGCUCUAUCAGAGGGCUUCUCUGAAAUUCUGCAGAUCCACUUUGUUCCCAGUUUUCCUGAUCAUCGGUCUGAGGAGCUUUUCAGGCAGUUCUCUGAGGGCUGAACAGAGAAAGUGACCACAGGAUGGACACCAAAAUGCAAAGAAUCUCUAGUAUCAGUACAGUUCUGCAACAUUAAUGCUGAGUUCUUGAGUUCUGCUGUUUUAUCUACUGAUGUGUGUCUGCGUCAUUCCCUUGUGUGUCUUCAUUUUGAAAAAAUCUACAACAAACACAUCUGCUGCUUUUUUAAAGUGACAGAACAUCUAAUGCUAAGUUUAUUCUGGGAUUGCAAAAAAGAGACAUGAUUUAUAGGUUUACAGGAAAAGAAAAAAUUUUACCAUUUAGUUUGAAAGCAAUUCUUUUAUUAAACAAUGAAUAAAACAGAAUGAAUAGACUGUUUGGCUACUUAAGAUUAUUUUAUUAUACUGAUUGAUUUGAUAAGUUUAAUUUUUGCACAAUACACUGACUUGUGAGCAUGUGGAGUAGUUUGCACAACAAAUACAUGAUAUGAUCAGUUAAGCAAUGUAGAACAUGAAACUGUUAAAAGAAUGACAGUUUUACAGUUUCACCAAAAACAAAUAGAGCUGAUGGGUUGAUGUUAGUUCCCCAGAGCAAAUCAUUAGAUGAGCAAAAAACGUACAGCAAUAAAGUGAUUUUCUUAGAGUAAAUGAAGCAGUUUCACUACAGAGCUGAUCGCAUUACAUGGAUAUAUGAUCAUUUCUCCACUCAUACACCUUUAACAUACUUAUUUGCAAACACUGUGUUCAUACUGCAGUGAAAUGUGUCCUGGAUCCGAUGUGUUUUAUAUGUGACACAGAUAAUAAUAAAAAAAAAUCUUAUUUUUAA